GGAGAUCUCUCAGAGCAGCAGCCCCUGAUCAUGUGACUCCUUCUCCUCCAUGUGACUGAUCACAUGACGGUGACAUCAUCGCAGGUCCUGUAAGCACGCGGCUCCUCUACAGAUACAGGUUUCUCCAAUCCAGGAUCCUCUGCUGAUAUCUUCUAUAUAAGAGAAUUCUCCUGGAUGACCCAUCAACCAUGGAGAGAGACAGGAACAAGAUGGCCGACAGGAUCAUAAACCUCACCCUACAGAUACUCUUCCGGCUUACUGGAGAGGAUUACACAGUAGUGAAGAAGUCCUCUAGUGGGCGCUGUCGGGCCCCUGUGUGUGAAGGAUGGGGAAGAACCCUGAGCCAAAUCACAGGGCCCCCACCGCACUCCCUGAUACAUGAGGAAAUGGAUGAACAGAAGAUCCGAGAACUCAUCAACAAGAUGAUGGAGCUGCUGACUGGAGAGGUUCCUAUAAGGUGUCAGGACGUGGCGGUCUAUUUCUCCAUGGAGGAGUGGGAGUAUGUAGAAGGACACAAGGAUCAGUACAAGGAUCAGGUCAUGAUGGAGGAUCAGCAGCCCCUCACAUCACCAGUCAGAUUCAGUAAGAGAACAGCACCAGAGAGGUGUAUUUGUCCUCUUGGUAAGCAGAAUAUGGAGGUCAUUACUACAGAGAAAGAUCUGCUCUAUAUUAAUGCUACAGACAUAAAGGAAGAAGAAGAAACGUAUGUGAGCAGUGAUGUGCAGUAUAAGGAGGACAUUCCUAUAGGAAAAGAUUUGAUCUAUAUUAAUGCUACAGACAUAAAGGAAGAAGAAGAAACGGAUGUGAGCAGUGAUGUGCAGUAUAAGGAGGACAUUCCUAUAGGAAAAGAUCUGAGCUAUAUUAAUGCUACAGACAUAAAGGAAGAAGAAGACACAGAUGGGAGCGGUGAUGAGCAGUAUAAGGAGGACAUUCCUACAGGGAAAGAUCUGAUCUUUAUUAAUACUACAGACAUAAAGGAAGAAGAAGAGACAGAUGUGAGAAGUAAUGAGCAGUAUAAGGAGGACAUUCCUACAGAGAAAGAUCUGAUCUAUAUUAAUACUACAGAUAUAAAGGAAGAAGAGACAGAUGUGAGCGGUGAUGAGCAGUAUAAGGAGGACAUUCCUACUGGUAACCACCCAGAUUCUUGUAGCAGGAGAUCAGAGGAGAAUCUUAUAUCUUCAGAUUAUAAAGCAGAUGAUGAUAUCACACAAGAUACAUAUGAAGAACAUUCCAUUAUCCCAGAUACACCCUCAGCCCUUCACAGCCAAGAUCUGUCAUCUCAUCCUUAUAUACAGGUCCUGUCUUCUCAGUCAUCACAGAAAGGUCACAGAAGGGGUGUUGGACAUCAACGAGCUCAUACAGGAAAGAAAACAUAUUCAUGCUCAGAAUGUGAGAAAUCUUUUACUCAGAAAUUAGAUCUUGUUAGACAUAAAAGAACUCACACAGGGGAGAAGCCAUUUUCAUGUGCAGAAUGUGGGAAAUGUUUUACUGAUAAACCAAGUCUUGUUCAACAUCAAAGAAAUCACACAGUGGAGAAGCCAUUUUUAUGCUCAGAAUGUGGGAAAUGUUUUACUCGGAAAUCACAUCUUGUUGUACAUCAGAGAACUCACACAGGAGAGAAGCCAUUUUCAUGUUCAGAAUGUGGGAAAUGUUUUGCUCAGAAAUUAGAUCUUGUUAGACAUAAAAGAACUCACACAGGGGAGAAGCCAUUUUCAUGUGCAGAAUGUGGGAAAUGUUUUACUGAUAAAUCAAGUCUUGUUCAACAUCAAAGAAAUCACACAGGGGAGAAGCCAUUUUCAUGCUCAGAAUGUGGGAAAUGUUUUACUCGGAAAUCACAGAUUGUUGUACAUCAAAGAACUCACACAGGAGAGAAGCCAUUUUCAUGUUCAGAAUGUGGGAAAUGUUUUGCUCAGAAACCAGAUCUUAUUAAACAUCAAAGAACUCACACAGGAGAGAAGCCAUUUUCAUGUUCAGAAUGUGGGAAAUGUUUUGCUCAGAAAGCAAAUAUUCAAAAUAAAAGUCAUCAAAGAGAUCAUACAGGAAAGAAACCAUAUUCAUGCUCAGAAUGUGGGAAAUGUUUUACUAAGAAAUCAAAUCUUAUUCAACAUCAAAGGAUUCACACAGGGGAGAAGCCAUUUUUAUGUUCAGAAUGUGGGAAAUGUUUUACUUUUAAAUCAAGUCUUGUUAACCAUCGAAUAACUCACACAGGAGAGAAGCGAUUUUCAUGUUCAGAAUGUGGGAAAUGUUUUACUUUUAAAUCAAGUCUUGUUAUACAUCAAAGAACUCACACAGGUGAGAAGCCAUUUUCAUGUGCAGAAUGUAGGAAAUGUUUUACUGAUCAAUCAAGUCUUGUUAAACAUAAAAUAACUCACACAGGGGAGAAGCCAUUUUCAUGUUCAGAAUGUGGGAAAUGUUUUACUGAGAAAUCAGGACUUGUUAAACAUCAAAGAAGUCACACAGGAGAGAAGCCAUUUUCAUGUUCAGAAUGUGGAAAAUGUUUUACUGACAAAUCAAGUCUUGUUAUACAUCAAAGAACUCACACAGGGGAGAAGCCAUUUUCAUGUGCAGAGUGUGCGAAAUGUUUUACUAAAAAUUAUUUUCUUGUUAGCCAUCAAAGAACUCACACAGGGGAGAAGCCAUUUUCAUGUGCAGAGUGUGGGAAAUAUUUUACUCAGAAAUCAAGUCUUGUUCAACAUAAUAGAACUCACACAGGGGAGAAGCCAUUUUCAUGUUCAGAAUGUGGGAAAUGUUUUGCAGACAAAUCAAGUGUUGUUAGACAUCAAGGAGCUCAUACAGGAAAUAAACCAUAUUCAUGCUCAGAAUGUGGGAAAUGUUUUACUUUUGAAUCACUUCUUGUUAUACAUCAAAGAACUCAUACAGGGGAGAAGCCAUUUUCAUGUAGAGAAUGUGGGAAAUGUUUUAUUAAGAAAUCACAUCUUGUUCAACAUCAAAGAACUCACACAGGGGAGAAGCCAUUUUUAUGCUCAGAAUGUGGGAAAUGUUUUACUUGGAAAUCAACUCUUCUUCAGCAUCAAAGAACUCACACUGGAGAGAAGCUGCUUUCAUGCACAGAAUGUGGGAAAUGUUUUACUUUUAAAUCACUUCUUGUUAAUCAUCAAAGAACUCAUACAGGGGAGAAGCCAUUUUCAUGUUCAGAAUGUGGAAAAUGUUUUACUGACAAAUCAAGCCUUGUUAAACAUCAAAAAACUCACACGGGGGAGAAGCCAUUUUCAUGUUCAGAAUGUGGAAAAUGUUUUACUGAGAAAUCAAGUCUUGUUAAACAUCAAAGAACUCACACAGGGGAGAAGCCAUUUUCAUGUGCAGAAUGUGGGAAAUGUUUUACUCAGCAAUCAAGUCUUGUUAAACAUAAAAGAACUCACACAGGAGAGAAGCCAAUUCAGAGCAAUAAAUGAUGCAGAUAACACAUCUAUAUAUUAACCAUGUACAUAGGAUAUCUGACAUUUAUACAUAUAUCAUAUACUGCA